AUGGCUCGUUCCAGCUCUGUUGCAGCCCCGCUGCUGUUCAUCGCUGCCGCUGCCUACGUGUUGAGCUGCUGCAGGACGGCGCCGUCCUUCGUGGCACCCCCAAAGGCUGCUGAAGCGGCUCUGCAGCAACAGCAACAAGCCGCAGUCGUGAGCGCAACGCUGGCAGCUGCCUCCAUGCCAGCUCCUGCUUGGGCGGCGCGUGCUUCGGACGAGGAUGACGAGGGCUUCGAUGUCCGCAUCAUUGCCGUGCUGGCCUUGCCCCUGUUCGCCAUCUCCUGGGCCCUCUUCAACGUGUGGCGUGUGGCAUUCCGUCAGGUGGUGCGACAGGGUGAGAAUGCCAAGGGCAACGCUCUGUGA